AUGGCAAGCAAUGGAAGGAGACCAAAAUUGGCUCGAAAUAACACUACUGCAACAGACCCCAACAGCCCGCGAAUGGAAAGCUCAUCCGAGGCUUCUACGUUGGUACAAUUGCCAUAUUACGGUAGUAGAGAACCCAAGCAGUCUGCAGCAGAAACAGAUCAUGUUAUUCUGGAAAUGAUAGAUAAUAUUCAAAAAAGUACAAUUAUCGUUAGUAAGGAUGAUGACAGUGAUUGGGAACCAAAGUUAAUCAAUGGAUCAACAGAAGCACCGACACCAGCGUUGGUACCUUCCAAACAAAGAAGUAUUUGUUGGAGGUUCAAACUUACGUUCUGUUCAGUUGCCAUUGUGCUACUUGUUAUUGUUACUGUGGUUAUCAGCGAGCUAACAAAAUCAAUCAACAUUGGUGUACACAACUAA